UCUAAACGGGGAAUUAAAACGUCCGCUGCCAUGUCGAAAACAGUGCUACGUCAGUUCUAUGUUGAAAACAUGAACAAUCCUACACAGGCACCUAAUAUUCAAUCAAACAUAGAAGUACUGUCAGAGCAUGUAACUGUGAACACGAACGAUAAUUUAGCUACAAGAAAUGUGUCAGGGCCUAACGAAGGUGCAAGUACUUCACAACAGCACAAUGAUUGCCAACUAGGCCUACAACUAGAAGCUCCACGCAGUGAUAUGUGUACUAACCGUGCAUGUCCACCAUCAACCGGAAACAGUCAACCGAACAUGGCUGACGUUUUAUCUAUCAUGCAAGGCAUGCAACAACAGAUGCUGCUGAUGCAGCAAUCAAUGAUGAAGCAUACUACCGGGACAACAGAGCCAGACCAUGGUACACUGCGAUCAGCGUAUGCGGUAAUUGAACAGUCCAACCAUUCAUCUUCAUUGCCACAAACCGGUGAGUCCCAAAGUUUUAUAACUAGGCAUACUGGCCCAAAUGGGAUACCCCCAGAUCUGAUGCCACACUUAGACAUUGUAUCGCCGUCCUUGCGCAAGCACAUUCUGGAAGGCAAGGAUGUCAAUCUGUCAACAUUAUUGAUUCCGGGAUAUGAACUGUCAUUACCCCAAAAUUCAUGUCCACACUCGCACAUUAAAGUUGACAAGCGUCUCACUGAACGCCUGACAAUUUCUGAAUUCAUCUUGGCAUUUGGGAAAUAUCGACGUAUCGUAACGGAUGUGUUCAAGCAAAGGCAAUUAGAGUUAGACAUGUAUGAAAGUCUCAUUAUCAGAAUAAACACUUGUUAUGGUGAACAAGCAUUCAAUGACUAUCAUAAACUAUUCUCCGCCAAAGCAGCAGAGGCUCUACGAGUAAACAAUACCAAACUUAACUGGGGUCUUACAGACAGUGCAAUAUACGCCAUGGUCACGGCGGGGUGCAAACCAAAGUCGUGUGAAUUGUGUAACUCUAUCACUCAUGCUACACAGCAAUGUGAUAAAGUCAACGGUUCUACUCAUACUGCAACAAGUAUAAACAAAGGCAGUAAGAACAAGAACAAUAAACAGGAAAGAUUCUACCACGAGGGUGUAGAAAUAUGCCGACACUUUCAGACAGAGAAAGGAUGUUCAUGGACAUCUUGCCGCUACAAACAUGUGUGUGUAACAUGCAAAUCAACAACACAUGGAAUACACGAAUGUAGGAAAACUAAAAAAGCAGGCAACUCAGUGCAAUGACUAACAGAAUCUGUACCAUGUAAAGCUUCUACCGCCGUUAACGUUGACAGACUUGAGAAAGAGCUACUACUACACCCUGAUCGUCAGUUUGUUUCAUAUUUGUGUGAUGGAUUACGUAGUGGUUUUGAUACAAAAGUGGAAGCUAAGGAACUAUUGAACAAAGAGUGUAAGAACCUGUUGUCAACCAACAACGACAAAGAUGCAGUAAGUUUACUUAUACAAACAGAAUGCGAUAAAGGAUAUUUGUUAGGACCAUUUAAAACACCCCCUUUUGAAAAUUAUCGCAUUAGCCCUAUAGGAAUUGUUGAAGGGAAGUAUUCAAAAAAGAAACGUUUAAUUGUCGAUUUAUCUGCACCACAUGACAACCCAGAUCACCCUAGCAUCAAUGGUUUGAUAGACAAAGAUUCCUGCUCUUUAUCAUAUGUACGAAUUGAUGAUGCCAUUAGGAUUAUACAGGAGUUGGGCCAAGGUUCCUUAAUGUGUAAGGCUGAUAUUACAGAUGCUUUCAAACUUAUUCCAAUCAAACCUGAACAGUGGCACUUAUUCGGCAUUAAAUGGGAGGAUAACUAUUAUUUUUAUCAAAGACUCACAUUUGGAUGUCGCUCUAGUCCAGUUAUCUUUGACAAACUAUCUCAAGCAGUGUGUUGGAUUGCAACAAAUAAUUACGGAAUACCGAAUAUAUUACAUUUAUUGGAUGAUUUUUUGACAAUAAGUAGGCCUGAGAGUGAUGGAGAAUAUAACAUGAAACAAGUACUCAGUGUGUUCAACCAGCUAGACAUUCCUUUGUCACUUCACAAAACUAUAGGACCAACAACCGUCCUUGAAUACCUCGGUAUAAUGUUAGAUAGUGUUAACAUGGAAGCUAGACUGCCUGAGGACAAGAUAUGUAGGAUAACAUCAUUUCUCGAAGAAAUGUUACAUAGACAGUCUUGUACUAAAAGAGAACUGUUGCAACUUCUCGGUCAUUUAAAUUUCUGUACACGCAUUGUUAAACCAGGCAGAUCUUUCAUAUCAUAUCUUAUCAAGAUGUCUACAACUGUUAAGAAACUCCACCAUCAUGUUCAUAUUAAUAAGGAAUGCAAGGAGGAUAUACAUAUGUGGCUCAUUUUCUUAAAACAAUGGAACGGCAUAUCUGUGUUUUAUGAUAUCAACUGGACAUCCACAGAGGAUAUGGAGUUGUACACCGACGCAUCGUCCACAAUAGGUUUCGGAGCAUAUUAUAAUGGGCACUGGUUUGCUGUCAGAUGGCCCGACUUUCUACUGAAUGAGAUACGUGCUGUUUCCGAAAAAUCUGUAUCCAUGGCUUUCAUGGAGUUGUAUCCAAUUGUUGCAGCAGUGGUUCUGUGGGGUGAAAGUUGGAUAACAAAAAAGAUUCUUUUUCAUUGUGACAACAUCGCAACGGUUAAUAUUGUGAAUAAGGGAAGGUCAAAAUCUCUACAUAUCAUGAAACUUAUGAGGAAUAUGACGUGGUUUGCAGCGAAAUAUAAUUUCACCUUCCAUGCAGAACAUGUCCCUGGAAUUCAAAACAACAUUGCUGAUAGUUUAUCUCGUUUGCAGAUGCAUCGUUUCCGGGACUUAGCACCCAGAGCAGCGCUGAAGCCCAGCAAGUGUCCUCCUCCCUCAGAGGUAAUGUGGAAUUAAAAGAAACAGUGGAUAAGAUAUGGACCAGUACUGUGGGGGAACGCACUAGAAAAGCUUAUGCAACAGGUUAUCAAACCUUCUGCAGAUUCCUUGUGAUGUAUGGUAUAAUAUGGACAACUUCGUCCCUACCACCUAUUUCUGAGGAUAUUUUAAUCUUCUUCGUGGCAUAUUGUGUGCAUUCUCUCAACCUACAGUUGUCUACUAUUAAAUUGUAUCUAUGUGGAAUAAGAUACCAUUUUCUGACACAUGGGAGAGCUAACCCUUUGGAAACUAAGGAAGGAAAUAGUUUUCCUCGACUCAGUUUGUUUCUCAAUGGAGUAAAGAAAACUCAGAAACUAGGUACAAGAGAACGCCUGCCUAUCACAUUCAAAAUUUUGCAACAAUUGAGUGAGUCACUGGCUGAUGUGAAAUACAGCUAUCAUGAUCAACUGAUGUAUCGUGCAGUAUGUUGUGUAGCCUUUUAUGGAUUUCUGAGGUGUGGAGAAUUCACUAUUAACCAAAACAGAUUUGAUCCUAGUAUAAAUUUGUGUGUAGGUGAUAUUCAAAUCCAGUCUAACGGAUUACUCAAAAUUUGUCUUAAAGCUUCCAAAACGGAUCCCGCUAGGAAAGGUGUACAAAUUCUUAUUUUUGCAAAUGGUUUGUCAGUGUGCCCACACAAAGCGAUGUGUAGCUAUCUUAGUAUCCGAAAGAACAUGUACCAAGUGACCAGUACAUCACCCCUAUUCGUAACCAGCGAGGGCACAGUGUUAUCAAGGAAUGUAUUUAUUCAAUUCUUGAAACAUAGUUUAGGGAAAUUUGGAUUAGACACUACCCUAUACAGUGGACACUCCUUUCGUAUUGGAGCUGCAACUGCUGCUGCUUCAGCUAAGGUGGAAGACCAUCUCAUUAAAACUCUAGGUAGAUGGUCUUCAGACUGUUACCAAAGAUAUAUAAGGACAUCUCCUAACAUUAUCAAGGAUGCUCAGUUUAGCAUGUCAAGUGCAUGAAAUGUGUAUAUAUGUACUGUUUCAAUAACACAGAGUGUGUAAUCGACAGCGUUAUUAUCAAGAAAUGAAUUAAACUAUAUAGUGCACCUGGAAUGUAAGAAAAGUCCAUGAACUCUCGUGUCGAGUCAGGCUUAUUUUGGAUUUCUAGGAUACUACAUUACAGUGUUCAUGAACUUCUAAAAAAUUUAGUCAAUAUACAACUGAUAACAUAAUGAUGAUAGAGACCCAUAACUGUUUUAUAAAAAAAUUAAGUAUACACCUUGGGGGCUUUUCAGCUGCACACUAUCAAUAUGAGAGGUAUACAGCUUCAAUUUGGGAGGUACACAACACAUGUUGUUGUAUUCAGCCCCCAAGUUAAUACAGUUAUACCUACAUAAUAUAAAGGUGCCUAUAAGCUAUAGGUAUCAUAUAGAUCCAGGACUUUCCAACAAGUUGAAUCCUCUCAUGGGAUUGGUACUACAUGGGCUAACGGGGCUUAUGGUCCAAUCCAGGAUUCAGGAAACAUCCUCUCAUGGGAUCUAUAUACAGCACAAUAGAUAUCAUGCGGACCCAGGAAUUUCAUGACCCGAUAUCCUCUCAUGGGAUCCAGGUAUAUGAGGUACUCAGUAUAUCUGGAUCCAGGAUUGUCAGAAAUAUCCUCUCAUGGGGUACGUAUUGAUAAUGGGAAAUCUCAUCCAGCCGUUGGAACCUGGAGAGUGACCAUUUCACUUCUGGUGGGAUAAUAUUGGCAGUAAUCCUGGGACAAGGAGUGACAGUUCGCUCCUGGUGGGAUAACGUCAGUAAUCCGUGAGAUUUCCAUAGUUAUAUAUAUGUAGUGUGAUAUAGCCCCCAAGGCCAAACUUUGUAUGUGUAUAGAUGAUCAUGUCUGUAUAUGUUUUCUUGUUUUUAUUUCUUUUAUAAUGUAUAGAUAUGUAAGUUGUUUUAUGAUAAUACAUUCUACACAAUGUUGUGCAGGCCACAUACAUACAGUUAAUAAAUAGCAUUUAUUAAACUGUA